UUCAAUGGGCGGACUCCUUCUAUGUCCGUGUGCCGACGUAGGCGGAUUUUAGGCAGGUUUCAUGAUCAUCAGGUGGCAUUUUGUUGCUCCCCAGGAUAUAAAUAUAAACUAGGUGAGCCUGUAUGUAGUGCCUCCCAGAGCUGGGAGGUGUGUAUUAGGAGAAAUACGUGUGGUUGGCUGGGGAGGCUCUGAGCGGUGUGUAUAUAAUACAGUACAGAGAGAGUCCGGGGCCACUUCACAGGCAGCGCGAGGAGGAAGCCGACCAGGACCACUUUUAUCAAAAGCACAUUCUAUCCAAAAGCAGCUACAGUGGGGGAUCUGCAUCUCCUCACGGGACCACCUGAAUGAAUAUCCAAGGUGGUCUUGCUUCUCCUUCAAGCGAGACCCUCUGAGCCACCACGACCCUCUAAUCAUCACGGCACGAUCGCACAGUCUAAGACCGAGGCUGCUGUUGAAGCGACACCCUGAGUAAGGACCAUCAGCUACAGCUCUUUUCAUCUGCAUCAUUUAUUUCUACUGCUCCUAUAACCCCUACACACGUGUACAAUGUGGCUUUUAGAGAGGAUCCGUGGCACCGUAGACCAUAGCACUGGGCGUCAGUCUGGAGAAACUGGUGACAAACAAUCCAAGAGUGGACCCUACAGCAAUGUGCUAACACCAGACAAGAUCCCAGAUUUCUUUAUACCUCCAAAACUGACCAGCAUGCCAGCUGAGGGUGGAGGGGCUGAGGGAGUAUCUGCAGGAGAGGGGACUCCAUCUAAACCCAACCUUGGUACAUCUGCCUCUGAGCAGAAUUUGUCAGGUAGACGCCCUCAGCGCAGUCCACGUUUGCCAACCAAAGCUGCCUCAGAAAGUCGCAACCUAUUGAAAGCAGCCAAUCGUCACAUUAUACAGAUUGAGAGUGCUGAUGAAUGGGCAUCAGAGGAAGACUUGGGCACAAACGCAGACCCUCAGUCUCAGACUGCAAUGUCUCUGCCAUAUGUCCCUAAAGCUCAAACAUCGUAUGGGUUUGUUACUCUGAUGGAGAGCCCGCACACCCGGCGCAAGGAAUCUCUUUUUCACAGUGAGCAAGGCUCCCUCUCCCCUUGUCCAUCUCAAUCUAGUUCUCCAAGUUCUCAGAGACGAAGCGCAACAGAAGGAGGAGGAGGCUCCCAACUGAACCCCUCAGACUUUGGCAUGUCAUUGAUGAACCCCUACCGUUAUUUUAGUGGUGGUGAGAGUGAUACCUGCUCCUCAGCUGAGUCCUCACCAUUCAGUUCUCCACUGCUUUCUCGCUCAGUCUCACUGCUUAAGAUCUUUACACCAGACACACAAUCUAAGCUUAUAAAACUCAAGCACUCUGUGGCCAGAAACAGCUCACUAUCUACAGAUGAGUGUAGCUCAGCAGACACCAGUCCCAGCAUGCCCAGAAGGAGACUACGUGGUGCCAAGGGAGCUGGCGUGGUUGCAAGCCAACAAGGCAUUUCUCCAUUAGAUCUCCCGCAAAAAGAACAUAAUGUUGGACUCAGCAAAGGUGGUAGUAUGAGGCUUGUAGCGGAAUAUGAUCCAUCCAAUGCUCGACUUAGGGUUCGGUUGAUUGCAGCAGAGCACCUAUUUGAUAAACUGUGUGACCUCAAAGGGGUGAACUGCUGUGUUGUCUUAUAUCUGAACCCAGGCAAAGUCCACCGUCAAAGAAGCACCAUCAUCAAGAACAGUCGGAACCCAGUGUUCAAUGAGGACUUUUUCUUUGAUGGUCUGGUGGCUGGAAGUGCCAAGAAGAUGUCACUAAAACUGAAGGUGUUGAACAAAGGCAGCAGCCUGAAAAGAGACACUUUACUGGGUGAAAAGGAGAUCCCACUGACUGCUCUCUUGCCAUUCCUAUGAGAAUGGACAAAAUGAGGUGAUGUCAUGGGGUGGGAGGAGGUUAGUUUUUCUCUGCAUCAGGGGCUGCAUUUCACCAGUGGUGCUAUGCCGCUAUGCUGAGGUGUAAAACCCUGCGGAGCUUUGAACCCUUAAAACUACAGGCACGCAGAUUAUUGCACCUUGGAAGUUGUUACAGACAUGCAGCUAAUAGCAUUUUCAGUUGACAUCACUUUCAGAUAAAUCAAAAAAUAUCUUAAUGUGUGAAUGGUAAUGCACAUUUAAGCAACAGACUAUUGCACUUAAGUAGUUAUUCAUGUUACCCGCAUCUUUAGAGACCAUUACUACAAACCAUGCAAUGUCAACAGGCAGAGGUGUUUAAACAAUAACCCCACAUUGCUCUACGAGAAUCAGAACAAUAUAUGUUUUACAGCAUAGCGAUUGUGGUACUGAAAAAGAUAAUCCUUGAUUUGCAUUGUAUAUAUAAUUCUACUGCAGAUAACUUUCAGUGUCUGACUCACACGCUGAUAAGAUACCAGGAACCCAUCAAACAAAAAGCCAGUGCCUGCAGCUACACCUCUGCUAGAUUACUUCUCUUCGGCCCCUAUCGCCCUGCCGCCCUAAACAACUAGGUACCGCCUCCCCUGGCAUAUUAGCCUGGAAAUUAAUGCACUCUAUCUGGCAACUGCGCAGUGACGCUGUUUUGUAUGACCGUAACCUUGAGCUACAAGUGACAUGCUUCCAUUAAUUCUAUAGAUGUCAAAAGCAGAUAGAGUUGUUAGUGUCUGCAUGCACAGGUUAGAAGUCCCUUUCUUGUAGCAUUCUACCAAUACCUGCUACCAUACCCAUCAACAUUC